AUGUCACCAUUACAACUGGUGUACGGUAAGUCCUGUAAUCUUCAUGUUGAAUUAGAGCAUAAGACUAUAUGGGCAACUAAAUUUCUGAACUUUGAACCAACUAAAGCUAAUGAAAAACGAUUGUUGCAAUUACAUGAGUUGGAUGAGUUCAGGUUAGCUGCUUAUGAGAAUGCCAGGAUAUACAAGGAGAAGACAAAGAGGUGGCAUGACAAAAAGAUAGCUCCAAAGGAAUUUGAGCCGGGGCAACAGGUACUAUUGUACAAUUCUCGACUGAGAUUGUUUCCAGGUAAACUCAAAUCUCGAUGGUCAGGUCCAUUUGUGGUUAAAAAGGUGAAUAGGGACAAGGUUUCUGUCCCUUUGACUUCACCUGAGCCUUAA